GCUACCUGAGGAGGUUGGAUCAUGCAACAUGGUUCUUGACAGUGCACUGUCUUCUCCUCACAGGAGGUCUCCAUCAUUCUGUAAGUCCUUUACGGAUGAGUUGGAUGGUUGGUCGACUCUCGUUCGGCGACAUCGCUUCCUCCUGACGGCACUUGUCCUCCUGACUGCUCUUUGCACAAUUUACCUUUACUUUGCUGUCACCUUAGGCUCUUCCUCCUCUUGCUUUGGAUUGACUGGGGCGCAAAAAGCUGAGUGUCUACAGGAGCUUGUAAAGACUUCCAUGGCUAAAGGGAAGCUGAAAAUUCUGUGAUACUAGGGAGCUCGCCCCUUUUGUUUGGAGACUUGAAAAGAAGAGGGAAAUUUUUUUAAGUCAGUCAGUUUGUCAUACAAGGCCGUGUAGUAAAAUCUAAGUGAACUCUCUGUACAGUACAUGAUGUCUGAUAAAAGAUGCAUUCUUGAUAUCUAAAAAAAACUUCAAAAAAUGCCUUAGUUACUCA